UCCAGCGGUUGUCGUAAACGGCAACGCUUUACGACGUGUAACAAAAAAAUGUUGACGGCGUUGUUAUGGCGGCGUACGGAGUCAGUUUUGAGAGUACAAGUAGCAUCGAUGAAAGAAAGGAAAAGAAGCGACAGGCACGACAAGAGACGCUAGAACAGGCCAAGCAGCAGUAUGAGAAGGAACAGAGGAGGAAGGAGCUGAAAAGGCAGAGAGGGGAGGAUACUUGGAUGCUCCCUGAGGUCAACCAGAGGCUGCAGGAAAUAGAAGAGGGUUCUGUCAAGAGCAAAAAGAAGAAAGAGAAGAAAUCAAAAAAGAAAAAGGAGAAGAAGAAGAAGGCCAAGGAGAGGAAGACAGUAGAAGCAGGAGAUGGCACAAGCGGCAGCUCGGAGGUCUCUGAAGAGGAGUGGGUUGAGGUUCAGCCACAGUCUCAGACACAGACUAAAGCCUGGAAAGUUCCCAGUGAACCCAAACCCUCAGAGAGCGACGUCUGCCCGGCACAGAAUGUCCAGAGAGACGAAUGGAUGACUUUUGACUUCCUGGCAAUGAAGACCACGUCUACUGCAGAUAGGAGGGCUGAGAAAGAACGUCAGAAAGAGGAAGAGAGAGCCAAGGCUCAGGCCAUUGAACAGGCUGGUUUGCACAAACUCGAGCUAAACCCUUAUUGGAAAGAUGGAGGAAGUGGACUGCCUCCAGAGGAGAUGGCUGGUACUGCAGCAAAAAAAGGCCUAGUAGUGAAUGAUGGUGGUGUGAGCUGGCUGAGGAAGAGCUACCAGAGGAUGAAGGAGCAGGCAGAGAGAGAACAGCGUAGCCUCAGCGAUGUGGUGGCUGAGAGAUACGGAUCAAUGGAAGAAUUUCAGCAGAGACUUGCUGCUGCAGAGGAAGCUGUGUACAGUCAGGGUAAAAGAGAAGGAGACGGCACAAACAGAGGUGGAUGGAGGAAAGGAGAAGAGACCAGGGAAAGGUGGAAGAGAAAAGAGGAGGAUUGGGAAGACAGAGAUCAAUGGAGAAAAAAUGAAAGAGACAAGGAAUCAUCAUCUGAAAACCGAGAAAGAUACCGUGGUGGAAGGGGUGGGGAAAGGGAAAGGUAUAGAGGAAGAGAGGAUGAGAAGGGUCGAGAUGGAGACAGGUAUAGAGAGAAUGAAAAGGAUAGAGAAAGAAACAGAAACUGGGAUAGAGACAGAGAAGGGGAGAGGGAAAGGUGUAGAGGAAGAGAGGAGGAGAGGGGUCGAGAUGGAGACAGGUAUAGAGGGAAUGAAAAAGAUAGAGAAAGAAACAGGGAUAGAGACAGAGAAGGGGAGAGGGAAAUGGAUAGAGGACGAGAUAGAGAGAAAGAUAGGGAAAGGUAUAGGGAUGGCGAAAGGGAAAACGAUACAGCAGCAUUAUCUUCUGGGAAAAGCUGGAGUCAACGCUCUCUCACUCUUGGAUCACUGCAAGGCCGCUUCCUCAAACCCUCAGAAGAUGAUGACACUGGUAAAACUCCUCAGCAUCAUCCUCCUCCAACACGACCAUCCGGAGCUUUCCUGAAACCUGGCUCUGAUGAUGAGGACUCUGGCCCACAUACCAGUGGAGCUCCAGCCUGGAAGAAGAGCAGCAGUCCUGCCUGUGAAUCUGAUAACUGUGAAAAGCCGCAACAGGAAAACAGGAGAGAUGUGGAGAAAACUAUAACUGCUCCUCAACCUGCUGCACCACAAAGGACUGAGAGUGAAAGUGAGGAAGAAGAGGAGGAGGAAGAAGUUUCACUGUUGUCAGAGGAGGAGAUGAACAAACUGGGGUCCAAACUAAUAAAGGCAGAGAUUAUGGGCAAUAAGGCUAUGAUUGAGAAGCUGAAAUCACAACUGGAAGCGGCUCAUAAAGCCAAGGAGAAACAUGCUGCCAGAAAGAAGCUACAAGAAACAGCCAAAUCAAACCAGGCUUCAGUUGGGACCAGUGAAGACCAGGAAAUCUUGCUGUUCAGAACAGAUCAGUCAGGUCGGGCCUGGCCUGUCAGUGCCCCCUCUGGACCUCAGGAACCGCACGGAGGACGACGAAAGAAGAAACCGAUUGAGACGCAUGUUGACGGCCAGCGUGUCCGUUACUUCCAGAAUGAUGACAACGUUGGUCUGCAGGAGAUGGUGAGAAGAGAGAAGAUGAGUUCUGCACAGGAUCAGAAUGCCCUUUACUCUCGCAUGGCUGCCAAGAUGAUGGGGAAGACGGACGGUGACAACUACACGCUGGAUGACAUGUUUGUGUCGAGUGCAGCGCAGCGGGAGGGUGAGGGGAGAGAGGAGGAAAGGAUGAGGAACAGAGCCAUCGGGGAGAGUAGGAGGUUGGCUGCCUCCAUGGAGAAAUGCCAGCGCUGUUUCAGCAGCAAAGAGCUCCAGAAGCACCUUAUAGUGGCGAUAGGGAGCAAGGUGUACCUAAGUCUUCCUGCAGGAGUGUCGAUGACAGAGGGCCACUGUCUCAUCUGCCCUCUCCAGCAUCACUGCUCUGCCACUGGAAUGGAUGAGGAUAUCUGGUCAGAAAUGCAGUUGUUCCGACGUACUUUGGUGCGGAUGUUCGAGGCUCAGGAGCUGGACUGUGUGUUCAUGGAAACGAACAUGAACCCACGCAGGAGACAGCACAUGGUGUUAGAGUGUAUCCCACUACCCAAAGAACUGGGCGAUAUGGCACCUAUCUACUUUAAGAAAGCUAUCAUGGAGUGUGAUGAGGAAUGGGCCAUGAACAAGAAGGUUGUCGACCUCUCUUCGAAAAACAUUCGCCAAGCUGUUCCUCGUGGUCUGCCAUACUUUGCCGUAGACUUUGGACUCCAGGGAGGCUUUGCUCAUGUCAUUGAAAAUGAACAGAAGUUCCCCCCUUAUUUUGGCAAGGAAAUUGUUGGAGGUAUGCUGGACUUGGAGCCUCGGCGUUGGAGAAAGAUGAUUAAAGAAAAUUUUAAUGACCAGAGGAAGAAAGUCUUACAAUUUGCACAGUGGUGGAAACCGUAUGACUGUACCAAGACUGAGGGUUAAAAAAGUGUAGCCUUUCCUUUGUAGUACUACUUACACAGACCGUCCUGUGCUUCCAAGUGCAGGAAUCACAUUUGGUGAACUUGGUGUAGAUGCACAAAUUCAGAAUUUGAUGUAAAUUUGCUAUUAGAAAUGUAAACAUGAGAUCGUUUUUACUUAAAUAAAAUAAAAGGACUUUGACAAGUGCAAAAA